UGGGGAGGAGAUAGCGACAGUCCCUGGGAACUGGUGUUGUGGCACGCAGGCGUUUUCGGCUCAGCUCUGCGGCACCACUGCAGCCACCAACCCGCACGAGCCCGUGUUGCGAUUGAGCGCAUCCACGAACCCGUUUGUGGCAAUCCUGCCCCGGUGCAACCCGACGGCGCUGCUUCCCGACCGAGCAAGCCCCAGUGAACACCUGAAUUCUUGUUUAAAGUGAAAUAAUCGAUCGCAGAAUCGGCUCCGAGACGAGAACACGCAAAUUAACCCAGAAAGUGUUGUGCAGCGAAUCUCAGUGUUGUUGUUGUGUCAGAGUGGCAAGCCAUAACGGCAUGGUACAGUAGCCGGGCCCUGAAUCGGACAUGGUACUGGACUGGACGGAACCUACCCACGAAGUCAACAACAUGGCCUCGCACUUGCAGUACACGGAGGAUCAGAGCGGAGGCUACGGCUACGCAGGCCUCGAAGGGCGCGAGGACUGGCCGGGCGUGAGCGACGCCCUCGUCUCCUACACCGCCGCCGCCGCCGCCGCCGCCUCGCCCAUUCCCGCGCCGCAGCACUUCUACACACAGAACGAUGGCGUGAUGACGGAGCUGGGCGGUGUGAAUGGUCAUGCUGGCACGCCCGUGGGCGGCUACCCUCCGUCCUCCGUACCUCAGAGCACGCCCACAGCCUCCUUGCCGCCCACGCCACACCACCCGGGCCCACACGCCGCCCACCGCCCCGUGGACCUGUCGCAGGCGCAGCGUGAGGCGCAACCCCCGCCCACGCCCACCAUUCCCUACCCACUGCACGACCCGCACACCCACCGCCCCACACUGCUCGACACAG